AUGAAUGAAAAGCAUAUAUCAUUCAUUGAUAAAUCCACUGCUUCCUGGAUAAUGAUAGUGAAGGCAGAGGCGGUGGUUGGAGUUGAAGACAGAGCUGAAGAAGACAGGUCUAGCAGUCAGCAGUUGAGAGGGUCCACUUCACCUCUGGCUGCUAGUUGUUCCGAGGAAGCGAGUUGUUCCGUUGUAAGGCACGACUUCGCCCUUUGA